AUGGCUGGCGGCGUCAAGAAACCCGUCAACAUCUUCCGCCUGAAGAACCUCGGCGAGCCCGCGGGCGUCUUCAACUGGCGCCUGUGGUUCGCCGUGGUCUCUUUUGGCCUGCUCGGCGCGGCGCGCGGCAUCGACGAGGGCCUCAUCUCGGGGGCCUUCAACUCGGCCGACUUCCAGCGGGCCAUCCACUACAGCACCUACACUACCGUCCAAAAGGCCAACAUCAAGGCCAACGUGUCGUCGAUGGUGCAGCUCGGCUCCGUCGCGGGCGCCAUGAUUGCAUUCAUCGUCUGCGAUCGGAUCGGCCGUAUUCAGGCCACUCGCUUCCUCUGUAUGCUCUGGAUUCUCGGCAUCGUCGUCUUCAUGAUUGGCGGCGUCAACGGCAACCUCGGCGCUAUUUACGCUGGGCGCUUUAUUGCUGGUCUUGGUGUCGGACAGACGCCUGUCGUCGGCCCCGUAUACAUUGCGGAAAUUGCCCCCGCGUCCGUUCGUGGCUUGUGUACCUGCUUCUUCACUGGCGCCGUCUACAUUGGCAUCGUCCUGGCCUACUUUACCAACUAUGGCUCCUCCAUCCACAUCUCCAAUCACAGUCAUAAUCAGUGGCUGGUUCCUACGAGCCUCCAUAUCAUGAUGGCCGGCAUCAUCUUCAUCCUCAUGUUCUUCCAGUACGAGUCGCCUCGCUUCCUCGUCAAGCAGGGACGCCCCGACAAGGCCGCCGAGGUCCUUUCGCACAUCCGCCAGCAAGCUCCCGACAGCGACUACGUAGUUGGUGAGACGUCCAUGAUCCAGGCUGCGCUCGACCAUGAGAUGGAGGCAACUCGCGGCGUCGGAUUCUUCGGCAUGGUCAAGGAAUUGUUCCUCGUCAAGAGCAACCUGUAUCGCAUGUAUCUCGCAGCCAUGGUGCAAUUAUUGUCCCAAUGGAGCGGUGCGGGAAGCAUCACCCUCUAUGCAGUGGAUCUUUUCAAGAUCAUUGGCAUCACUGGAAAGCAAGAAGGGAUGCUCGUCACCGCCGUAUUCGGAGUUGUGAAGCUGAUCGCUGCGUUGGCCUGUGCCCUGUUCCUCGUCGAUGUGAUUGGACGCAAGAUGUCGCUUCUCAUCGGCAUUACCCUGCAAUCCAUUUCCAUGAUUUAUGUCGCCAGCUUCCUUACCUCUGUCCCUCAGCUCGGUGUAGUCGAGGGUUUCAAGCUUCCUCAGAAGGAUCUAGGCAGCAGUCGCGGCGCCAUCGCGAUGAUAUACGUGUCUGGAUUUGCCUGGGCCAUGGGCUGGAACUCUAUGCAGUAUCUCUUGACUGCAGAACUGUUCCCGCUCCGCGUGCGCUCAUUUGCUACGUCGAUUUCCAUGACCCUGCACUUCGCCAACCAGUACGGCAACACCCGGGCUGUUCCCAACAUGCUUCUCCCGACCAGCAACGGAGGCAUCUCUCCCUCUGGCACUUUCUGGUGCUUCGCGGCCAUCACCAUCCUUGGCGGGAUAUGGGUGCUCUUCUCCGUCCCGGAAACGAGCGGUCGUUCUCUCGAGAGCAUGGACCGCCUCUUCGACCUCCCCUGGUACAAGAUUGGUCUGUACGGAAACAAGGAUGCUGAGCUCCAGGACCAGGCGUACGAUGAGAAGGAGCAGGCCGCGCACGAGAUGCACGGAAUGGGCCAGCAUGUCGAGACGGCCAACCAGAAGCCUCGCACGAUUGAUGUUUGA